AUGAAUUGCAGACAGGUUGUGCUUUCCAUUUGCCUCCUUCUUUCAACACUCGCCAUUGCCGAUGCCAUAAAAUGCUAUCAAUGCCAGUCCCACACGCAACCUGGCUGCUACCCGUUGAACACAACCCUAGUUCCACUACAUGAUUGCCCUCCCGAAGCAUUGUCCUGCGAGUUCAUCACGAUGAAAUCACAAUUCAAACUUAUGAUGGGUGAAGAAAGGGAACCAAUGGUGCGUUACCUCCGUGGAUGCUCAAAUGAUGACCUUCGGAAACAGGUAACUGUAAUAGAGCGAGCUGGAACUGGAGCUAACACCAAAACUACGUACCACAAAUGCAACGUAGAUGGAUGUAAUCCUGCUGGGAGGAUAGCAAUAAUGACGGGUUCUGGAUUCAUUGCCGCUUUCGUGCUCAUGAUUAACUACUUCUCUUAG